AUGAAAGAAGAUCCUCCGUUUAUCAGAGAAACAUAUCAAACCCGAAUUCGAAAUCAAAUCGUGGAAGAUGUGAUUCAAUACAACAUUCCAGUGGUGAUUGAGGGAGUGACUUCGUCAGGCAAAACAUUCACAGUGGAGCAAUACUGUCGACGUUCUCUCGUUCCCUUUGUGAGAUACAACUUCAGUCCUUCGUCCACAACUGAGGAAUUGCUUGGAGAUAUGGUGAUCACGAACGAUGAUAUAGAAAAGAUCAAAUUCCAGGACGGAGCUUUCACGGAUGCAUUCAUUCAUGGCAAACUGCUAUUGAUGGAUGAAAUGUCUCUGGCUCCUCCUUCUGUGGUUCAGAGUGUGUUAUCGUAUUUGUUUGGCAAGAAGAUUCUCCAUGAAGGCAAGGAUGGAAGUGAAGAACGUGUAAUGCAUCGAGAUUUCCGCAUUAUUGCCACUCAGAAUCCUGCUGGAAGCUCAUACAAACGAAGCAAUCUGUCUUCUGCAAUUCGCGAUUGUUUCCGCUUUAUCACUCACGAUUCAACGAAACAGAAAUACUUCCCAAUGAUUGGUAAAGAGGAAAGACUGGAAAUCAUAACGGCGAUGUUUGGAAAAGACACAAAAAUCGGAAGAAGAGUGUGUGAGAUUCAUGAUCGAGCUGAUAAUCGAAAGAAUGUGUCUGGAAGAGAGAUUGAUAAAGGGAAGGAUUACACACUUCGAGAUUGUAGUCGAACAAAAUGGAUGAUGGAAACACUGAUGGAUAAAGAGAGAAUCGGUGAAAGAAAAGCAUUGAAUCGAGCUUUACAAAUCGCAUACAAUGAAGAUUUGAAAACAAAUCCAGUAUUCAAAGCGGAUAUUACUUUCAGUGAAGCUGCUUUAGACAAGGAAUGCUGGAAGGAUGUGUAUGAUCGAGUUCGACUAGGAUUGAAAUCUGGAUGUCAUGUUCUAUUGAUUGGAGAAACGGAAUAUGUAUCUCGAAAGUAUUGCCGAGCAAUAAUGGAGAUAAUGCAGAGUGAAGGAACAUCCUGUGAAGUGAUUCAUUGCAGUUCGACUUCUUCAACAGAAAGUGCAAUUGGAAGCUAUUCGCUCGAGAAAGAUACUAAGGGCAAACCAGUUCCUCGUUUCUGUCCUUCUCCAUUGCUUAAAGCGAUUGAAAAUGGAGGUAUUUGUGUUCUUCAAUCGAUGCAUUUGAUGAAAUCGAAUGUAAUCGAGCGAUUGAACUCUGUGUUGGAAUUAUCACCUGCAGAUGGCCAUCAUCAUGUAGUUCGAUUUGAUGAACGUCGAGAAAGACCCGAAUUCGAAAUGAGUCCCAAAUUCCGUGUAAUCGCAACAACGUCUGAGAAAGGAUUGCUGGCAUUUUCUCCUGCUUUGAGAAAUCGAUUUUUGGAAGUAUUUGUGAGUCAUGAAGAUGCAAAGCGAUUUGAAAACUCUCCCGAACUGGGCAAGUUUACAAGAGAUGAAAUUGGUGAAGUGAUUCAUGAUUAUUCUCAAACAAUCGACUGGUUCAAUCAGCAAGAACUCCAUCGAAUGGCCUGCUUUGCAAGAGAAGUGUGUGAAUACGAACUGGAUGAAUCUCUGAUUGAAAUGCUCGCUAAACAACCACCAAUUCCUGAACUGCGAUCCCUUCGAAGCCAUCGGACUGAAGCUUCAAGAUUGUUUUAUUGUAUUUGCAAGAACAAGGCUGUGGCAUUGUGUGGACCUAGAGGCAGUGGAAAGUCCUAUGCAGUUCGCGAAAUUAUCAAGCAACGCCAUAUCAAAAGCUAUCAAGUGUUCAGUGUAUCUGGAGAAACCGAGUUUUCCACUUUGAUGGGAAGUAUGGAUAUGAAUGGCGAUUUCCGAGCUGGAAGAUUGCUUCAAGCUGUAGAAAGUGGAGAAUUAGUGAUAUUCGAAAAUGCUGAAAACAUGUCAGCAGAAUUACUGGAAAUGCUUGAUACUGUUUGUGAUCCUUUCACUGAUGAGUUCACUUAUCCAGCUUCUAUCAAUCAUUCAAUUCAUCCUUCAUUCCGAGCUUUGUUCGUGUUCACAACACGUCGAGUGAAUUCGCUGCCUUCUCUUCCUGCUUAUUUCGAUAUUUGUGAAAUGAGUCCAAUCCAGAGUGAUGAAGCGAAAGAACUGAUGAAUAGUGAAAUCUGCAAACGAUUAUGUGAUCAUGUUGAUAGUAAUGAGAUUCCAUUGAAUGAAGUAUUCACUCUGGAUAAGAUUUGUUUCAAUUCUCCUCAUCCAAUAAUACGAGUUGCAGCAUUGUUUGCAGAUCGAAUAGAUCGCAAAGAAUUACUGGAGAGAGUGAUAGAAGAAUGGAAAAAGACAGCUGACACUGAAGUAAAACAAGAAUUGGAAAUGGCGAAUGCGGUAUUGUCAACUCCAACAGUAACAGCAAUAAAAUCCCCAAAGAAUGAAUCUAGUUCAUUGCUUCAACGUGGUCCUCUUCAAACAACAGUUCCAAUUGAAUACUCAUUAUUGAAAGGUGUUGAUAUGGCUGUGUGGGCAGCAUUAUUUACUCUUUCUAUUUCCAAUUUCAAGCAAACUCACCUUCCUGUGUUAUUGGUUGGUGAUUCAGAUAUUGCUUUUGAAGUCACUCAUUUGCUGUUUCCCAAUGCUGCUCAUAUGGAAAUGUCUCGUUCAAUGGAAAUGACUCACACAUUUGGUGAGAUUUCUGUUUGUCGUAAAGAAGACAUUCAAUACAUUCUGAGACAAACAUCAAUCCAAAAUGUUGAUGGAACUCCAAUGGAAGUAUAUCGAGAAUACCUGAAGAGGUUAUUGUAUGGCAUGGUAGAUAAUGAAUCAUUGUUAAUGAUGCGUCCUGGUCCGAUUCUCCGUUCGAUAAUGAGCAACAAUUCGAUCGUGUUGAACAGUAUCAAUCUAUUGAAUGAUCGAUUGCUUCCUCGAUUAUAUUCAUUGUUGUUUAGUUUGGAUUCGCAAGAGUUUAGUCUAUUUGAGGACUAUUCCCAAAUUCAACCAGAGAUUCUUGGUAAAUCUGUAAACGCGAUUGUAACAUGCGAAGAUCCAGAUUAUGGAAGAGUUGCAAAGAAAGACCAAUUCAUUCAAGUGUUUUGUCAACCCUAUUCUGAAUUAGAAAGGGAGAAAUAUAAGUUUGAAAAUCGAGAUGACUAUCCUUUACACAUUCUACGAAAGUCAGAUAUGCUGAAGAAUGAAUUUGUGAAUGCUGAGAAAGUGAUUCCAUUCUAUCUUCGAUUUCUUCAAUCUGAUUUGGCGUCUCGAGAGAAUCUGAUUCAAAUGGGAAUAAUGAAUGAGGAUUUGAAGGAAGUAAGUGAAUUCCUUCAAUCAAGCAACAAGGAUGAUGCAAUGAUUCAAGACUUGAAAAAAUCUAUAUCAUUCCUAUUUACAAAUGAUGUAAUUGAUGAUUUGUAUUUAAGUUUACAGUCCAAGCAUCCAUUACUUCCUACAAAGACCACAAUUCAGCUAUUGGCAUCCAUCGUAUUGGCAGAUCGAAGUCAUCUUCCUCUGAUUCUUGAAGGAGAUCCUGGAGUAGGCAAAACUGUUUCUGCUGAGAAUUAUUUCGUAAAGGAGAAUCUUGUUUAUAAGCGAAUCAAUUUUUCGAAUACCAUAACGAUUGACAGUUUGUUUGGAUGUUAUACGAUUGUGAAUGGAUCAUUACAAUUCAGAGAUGGAAGUAUUACAGAACUAUUAAAAAGAGGAGAUCAUUCAGAUCAACGAAUCGCAUUGUUAUUAGAUGAAGUGAAUUUGGCUCCAUCAGAUGUGCUUGAAGUAUUACUCACUCUGAUUCGUUGUUAUGUGAAUCACGAUCCAUUUCAAGUUCCAGGAGGCGAUUUGAUCGAUAUUCCAUCGAACAUGCUGAUCAUUUGCUGUAUGAAUCCAGCAUCCAUGUCAGCAAAUCGCAGUACAUUGCCUCGUCAAUUCUACAAGUAUUGUAUUUAUCAUCGUGAUUUGAAAUACACACUGAAUGAAUUGUUCCUCACAGCUCGUCAAAUCUUGAGUAAUCUAGUGAAACCUGGAGAUGAAUCAACAGAGAAUCAGAUUCUCGAUUUGUUUGAACACUCUUAUAACUCCUAUCAAAAGACAUCGAUUCCAUUCUCACUUCGAGAUGUAUUGAAAGUGGAUCAGAUUGUGAAUAAUGGAAAUAACCUAUCAUUGGAAACUGCUCUAUGGUUGGUGUUUGCUUGUCGUUAUGAAGAAUCGGAGAGAAAAGAAAUCGAGAAGAUAUUGAAGCUGGAAGAUACAUUGAAAGUCGAUAUUAUCAAACAAGACGACCAAUGCAUAGUUCGUGGUUAUUGGGACAUUGAAACACAACAAAUGUAUUCAGGAUCUUUCAAAGAGUAUUGUUUUACUUCAACAGAGAAAGUGACGAUAUUCAAGUUGAGUCUUGCUUUACAAUCCAAACGAGCCAUUUUGGUUUAUGGUUCUUCUCCCUCUGGCAAAUCGUAUUGUAUUUCGAAUCUGGCAUUGAUGUGGGAUAAACGAUGCACUUCUGUGUUUUUGAAUCACGAAAGCUCUCCAGAUGUGUUCAUUGGUCGAAGUACUCUUGGAAUUGAUGAAAAUGGGAAUGAGUGUAUUACAUUCCGGAAAGGUCCGCUGUUGAAAGCAAUGGAGAGUGGAGAUUGGAUUGUGAUCGAAGAUAUUCAUUUGGCAAACAAUGAUGUGAUGGAAUCGCUGAAUUCUCUGUGUGAAGAAAACCCAACACUGAAGGUAUUAGCAGGAAAUGAAGAAAUAACGUAUUCAAUGCGAAAGAAAAAGGGAGAGAGAAAAAUUCACGAAGCAUUCCGAAUCUUCUUUACAAUAUCGGACAAUACAUUGAAACACUUUACUGGACCAUUCUUGAGUCGUUGUGUGAUUGUGUAUUGUGAUCCAAUAUCGACUCAAGCAAAUGUUCAAGAAAUCUGCCAAAUCAAUGGAUCAAUACACGAUCCUUGUAAUUUUGGAAUUGAAGAAUCUAAAACAUUCCGACGAUGUAUUCGAGUGAUAAACAGUGAAGAAAGAGAGGCAUUUUUGUAUGAAUUUGGGCAUGUACCGACCGAUAAUACUUUAAUAUCGAGGAUUAUUAAGCCCAAAUCAAUUGAUUAUGAUCUGUCAGAGUUUAUUAAUGAUGCACUGAAGUUAUCAGAAACUGAAAGAAUGAAACGAAUGACUGCCAUCAUGGAGAAGAUUUGUUCAAGUACAAAGAGUGCAUUUAUGAUUGAAGACUCAGUUAUUUUGCUCUCUCGUUGUAAAACUUAUUUUGAGAAGAAUUUCAUCUAUUAUAUAAUGGAUUGUGCAAUCAAAGUACUGGAAAUGAAAGACCUACAGAAUUGUAUGAUGAAGAGGCAAAAAGGCAAAUUUGCAGGUGUUCUUCGUCGUUGGUAUUUGAUUUCAUCGAUUAACCCUCCCUUGAAUUAUCGUUACACAAUGUCGAAUUGGGACUUGUACGAAACUACCUCAUUACGAAACGUAUUCAAUAUUCAAGAUGAGGAAUUGAAUAUAUACUUGGGAUUGUUGUUUAUUUGUGAUAGAAGAGAUGAAUUGCGAAGGUUUAUGAAGGACGAUUUAUUGAUUGAACUAUGUGAAUUGACUGUUUCUGUGUUAGAUAACAGUGAUCGGAGUGAUACUACAGAACAAAUGAUAAAGGCACUCAUUAUAAUACGAGAGAGUUAUUUAGAUGUCAAAAAGAAAGAGAGAGGUUUGAGAGAAAAGGCCAAUCGUGUGGAUCAAAUGAAUCUUCAAGAACACAUCAGAUCAGUCACUGAAUCAAUUAAGUGCUUCCCGUCUGAAAUUAAGGAUUCGAAGCCCUUAAAUGAAAUCAUAGGAACUAUGGAAGAGCUAGAAUCAGCCGUUAAAAAUUACUUGUUGGACCACGGAGAAGAUGACGAUGAUGAUGAACAGGGAAUGAAAGCCAGAUUUGCGGAUGCUGAAUAUGGCUGUGGAAAGAAUUUAGAACUAAAGGAACAUUUGAGACAGGCUUUUAAGGAUGGAAUGAUUGACAGUAAAACAUUUAAAUCUCUCAACCUUAAUGUAAUUAACACGACUUACGAGAAAUAUAAGUAUGAUUCAUUUAUUAAUAAGUGGACUGUGAAAACAUCUCAUUUGAUUUACAAGCUAAGAGUAUUCAAAAAUUAUGCGUUUAUCUUGAGUGAAUAUGCUGAUGUAUUGAAACGAUUGAAACUGGAUGUGAUAGAUAUAUUUAGAGAAUUUGGAUAUUCAUCAGAUCUGCUUCCUUAUUUACUGACAAUGUUGAACGCAUUAUUAAAUAAAGAUAUGCAGUACUUAGAGUGGGAUAAACUAAUGAGAGAUUACAGCCAGUAUCCAUUUGUAACUCCAGUUGAAGUGACUCAGGAAGAAUUUGAGACAGCCAUUGAAAUGUUAUUUGAGAAAGGAUGGUACAAAGACGAUUGUUUGAUGAUGGAAUAUGGAUUGUCAGAUCGAUCAAAACAAUUGGAUAUGUUAAAACAGCACCUAUUGCAAGAUUGCUUUAGCAAUACUCCAGCGAGAGCUAUUGAAUUGAAAGUACCAUUGAUUAUAAAUGCAAUCGACAAUAAUGGCGAUUUCGAGCAAUUUAGUUAUUUGGAAAUAUCCCAAGUUGGCGUGGAGUGGAAAUGUGAUCUUCCAGAUCACGUGAAACCUGGAACGAUUAUUCCCAGUGAUCUAUUGAAGAUGGAACAAUUGUUGAUCAAUCCAAUUGUCAAAUCGAAUGAUCUAUUGGAAAUAAUAUGGUCAAGUGAUUGCAAAUUGAUAAUCGACGACAAACUAGCAAUUCUGUGUCCUCGCAAGCGAACCACUAUAGGAAAUGUUGUGUUAGAUAUGAUGGAAAAACCUAUUUUGCAGUCAGCAAUGAGAAAGGUGAUAAAAGAGGUCAAUAAUAUAGAUGAAUUUGUGUUAAAAGUGAUAGAAAUAGCUCAGGCCGAUUGUACUGAGGAGCUAGACAGGUUGAAAAAGGAGUGGGAAGACUCGAAUACCAGAUUGAUUCAAAACAAUGAGGAGAACAAUCAAAGGUAUAAUGAAGUGACAAAGAAAAGGCAAGAAUUAAUUGAAAAAUAUACAAAAAUAGCAGAAGAGAAAACCAAGAACAGUGGAUAUUCAAAGGAAUAUGAAAAAAAGAAUGACAAUACAAUAAAAAUGUAUACCUACAUGUAUGCCGUUAAUAGCUUAAAUAAAACUGAUUUGUCAUAUUAUCUGUCAUGGAAUGAAGUCCAUAAGCAUAUUAAUGAGUAUACUCCUCAAUAUGAUUAUCAUCCAUUUGAUUUUCAAAUGAUUUAUGUUCCAAGGAAUCACGAAUUAUUGAGGAGUAACAAAAAUAUGGAUAUCACUUUUAACCCACCUGAAGGUUUGAAUGAUUUAAUAAGAGUUAACACGUUCAGAGUGAGUUCGGAUUAUAUAAUGAAUAAUGGAGUUUCAGUUACAACUGGUUAUUUACUUGUUUUACCAUUAGCACCAUUUAAGUGGAUUAUUGAUAUUAAGCUUGAUGGAAGUAAUUGGAAAAUGAGUAGUGGUGAAAUUAGGGUUGUCUAUUAUACAAAUAGAAUUGGAAAACUUGAUCAAUACUAUCGAUAUGUGUACAGUUCAAAUUCUGGUCAUUAUGAAACAGAUUAUGUAAUGUAUUUCUUCCUGUGUCUGUUGAAUUGUAUGGUGUAUUUAAGAGAUCGAUAUCGUUUUUAUUACAAUAUUCCUCUAUCACCCGAUAAACUCUUCAUGUAUGAUAACAUGCACAAGGACAUGACAUUAAAGUAUAAUCCUUCGAUCGCUUAUUUUGGGUAUUAUUACUAUUUUAAAUAUGAGUGCAUCCUCUAUGUUACAAACAGUAAAGCUAGUUAUUAUUAUUCAAUAUCUUGUAAUGAGAUUCAUUCUGGUAAUGAUAUUUUGCCUGCAAAUGAGUUAUCUUUUGAUAAACUAAGAACGAGCUGGACUAUUGAUGAUUAUAUUCGUUUCGGAAGGCACUUAAGUGAUAUUGACUAUGUUGAUGCAAUAGCAAAAAACGAUGUAUUAGAAUAUCAGCAACUUUACUUUAAUUAUAGUAGUUUUAAUUGGUCUAGACAAUCCAUUAUUGACGAAGAAAAAAGAAAAAGAGAUGCAUAUGAGUACAAAAAGCAAGAGACUGAAUCCAUUCCACAGUAUUUCUUCCCCAAGGAAUCUGCUGGAUUCAACACUCAGAUAACUGGUUCUUCCUUAAAUGAUGUUAUUGUUGCAUUAUACGAUGGUGAAAAUGCAUCUAUUGGAUUACCAAAGAAUAAGACUUACAUUUUCCCGGUCAGUUAUAUAGGUCAAGACGGAAAUCAAAUUGUACUGCCAUAUUUGUCAACAAGCAAUGAAGUUAUACUUGAAUUGAGUGGAAAGAAUUGUGACAUUACUAGAAAGCAGAACAGUUUUAUCAUCAUAAUGAAGAACAACGAUAUAGGGAGGAAAAAUAUUAAGGUAACAGCGGACUUGAUUCGAUUGGCAGAUGGAGAGAAGCUGAAGUCUGAAGAAUUUACAAUUACAUAUGAACGAAAAAUGUUGUGUAAUCAUUUCACUACUUCAGCGCCUUGCUUCAUCAGUAAUUAUUCUUAUAGAAACCAAUAUAGAAUACUAACCACAACUCUGCCUAUUGAUGUGUCAGUUUAUAUUAAUGGAAAAUCCGAACCGUAUCACAUCAAUGAUUAUUACAGUGUAAAGAUUGUUUCAAACCCUAUUAUCGAAGUCUUAUAUACUUCAAAAGUGCAGUAUUUGGUUUCAGGCCAGUUCUUUACUUUCAACUCUAGAGGAAUAUCCUUAUUUGAGAGGGAAUAUACCAAGCCAAAUCCUAUAAACUUAGCAUUUGCUAUCAAGACAAAUCCGGAGACAUCAGUAACCAAGUUGCAAUCACUUCAGAUGAGCCAAUUCUUGUCUGCCUUUUCUGAUUUACCGUUAGUGAUUAUCUCUUCUAAAUCUGGCGAAAAGAAAAGAAUUCUUUCACUAUUAAAUGGUUGUGUCAACGAUACGAUUCUUCCAUCAAUCAAGCAUGCUGCAGAGUCUGUUCUUAAGUCCGUAUCAUAUCAGCAAUCAUCUCUCCAAUGGAAUAUUGUGAAUACUGCUGUCAAGAGUAGUACCGCUGUACAGAAUGAAAUAAUAAACAACCCCCAGCCAGGUCAAAAUAAAGAAGAGUUAUUUAGAGUACAAUCAAAGAGUGAACCAGAUAAUCCGCAACCUGGGGAGCAGCCAAAAAUAAAUUUCGGAAAGAUUACUGAUGGCGUCUCGAAAAUGAUCGGAAGACGCGUUCAAGUCAUAGCAGAAAGAGAGGUCAGCAGUCGUGUGACUUCAAAGAAGGUUGACGAAAAGGCCAAGAAAAAGGCAAAAAAUGUAAACCCCAAAGAAAAAUACAGAGCGGUGAACUACGAGGCUUUUUUGGAAAUCAUGAACAAGGUAAAAAUGGAUGAGUUAUUCGACAUGGUGGUAAAGCGUCGUUUUACAGAUAAAUAUGUAAGACCAUUGAGCAACUCUGAAACUUUAACGCAAGAAUCCUUCAAGGAAAUUGGAAAUCUAAUUGAUUACUAUGUUGUUGAAGCUAUCCGAAGUAAAUCAGUUCAGUUCAUUGAACUAAUGAUAGAAAAGAAAUAUCUAACGAAAAAGACUCAUUCCGUAGUCAACAUAAUAAUCGAUACGAAUUGCAGUUUAAGAAAAAACAAGCUGCGGAUGCGAACUAUUAUUUCAUGCAUUUUGAUUACAGUGAUGAGAGAACUUGGUAUCUCGUUCAAUUUGUACGUGUUUUGUGGACGAUACAAGGGCGUCUAUAUUCCUGUAGAAGACAGGUCGCUGCAUGAAUUGAUUUCUUUCUUGUUUGAUAUUGAGGAAGUAGUGAAAAUGCCUUCAACUCCAUUGGAUUUGUUGACAGUAGAAGGCCAGUUUGAUGUAAAGGAUCCUCUCGUGAUUAUUAGUGAUGGAUUCAGCGAACAACUUAUGUCCCCAAAUGAAGUGGUGAGAAAUAUUAUUGGAGAGUAUUCCAAAAUGUAUUUACUAUGUAUUAAGGGUAGAAAAGAAGAAAAAUUGAAUGGAUCCAAUCAAUCCCUGCUCGAAAGUUCACUGCAAGCGAAUUUCCAUGAUAAUUUGAUAAUAAUCGAAAAAAUUGGAGAUUUGUUGGAUCCAUCGAAUCUAAAGACCAUGGAUCUCUUUUUCGACAGUGAGGAAUUGGAUGGAUAUUUUACAAUGGAUGUUAUUUCUCCAAUGAAAUAUGCUAGUGCACUUCAGGAUGAUUUAGAAACGAUAUUUGAGAGUAACAAGUCAUUGGUAUCAACCCACACUGUUGCUAGUAGCAAGCCUGUGAGAAUGGUUGACAUAUCUGAUGAGAAUCUUUUAGUAUAUCCCAAAGCUAUUGGUGAGACUGUGGUAUUGACAGACCUGAAUAAAGUGAUUCAGGGUGAUAAUCUAUUUGAUGCAAUGAGUCUUUCUCUGUUCGUUCCGAAUAAGUCGACAGCCUUUGUUGCAUCCACUUCAGGAACAUCGAUUCAUAUGGCAAACUACAUCAAGUAUUUGGUAAGCAAAACUGGAGAUGGUAAGUUCUUCAAGAAGCUUGGAAGUGAGAAAAUUCGGAGUUACAAUGCGAGUAUUGUGAUUGACUGCUCUUCGAUCGCCUUCAGUGAUACGAAUCGAAUUCAUUCACUAGUUACGAUUUUUUCAAUCCUUCGAAAUCUGAGUAAUAUGCAACUGCCUUGUAUUGAUUUGUGGGUGGCGUCUAGAGAUAUUAUUCGUGUAGCCACAGGCAUAUCAUCGAUGGAUUUAUGGGAAAAUAAUAUCGUGGCAUCCUUGUAUCAAAGCCUGUUAUCGCCUUGUCAAAAUACUUGCUUGCCUGAUUGUAUUCGCUACGCUUGUUGUACAUGUAACGCUCGAUCAUUCCAAUCUGUAAUGAUGGUACUGACAAAUGGUGUGUUGUGUGAUGAAUCCAGAGAAGAAAUCAAAUCGAUUGUGAGUGGAAUUGAAAUGACUUAUCUGGGAAUUGGAAUUGGUUUGUAUUUGUGUAAAUUUGAAGAUUUGUUCCCUACAAUGAUUUGGAAUUCGAAUCCAUUUUUCUUAUCUGAAACACUGUCAAAUCUAACGAACGAGUUAAUAAGCGAGGAUCUGAAUGCAGUUCCUGAGAAGAAGAUUGAUGUUGUGGUCAAGGAAAAGAAAUUUGGUAAAUCGUAUAAAGAAAUGACAAAACGAAUCUGCAGUAUUCCCAGUAGUUAUGAAACCACAUUGAGCAAUGUAAGAUUUGCAGAUGUAACCGAUGGACCAAACGCCUUGAAAAAGAUAGGCGAUAUUAACAACAGUAAAUAUGAUUUGGGAGUGGAUGGAGCGUUUGGUGACUAUUCGAUUUUGUUUAUCAUUCUGUAUUUGUGCCGCGGAGAGAAAGAUGAAAAUGGAAAGGUGAUUGAUGAGUACAUUACGGAGCAAGUAUUGAUGUAUGGAAAGGAAGUUAGUGGGGAAACGUUUUCGCCAGUAUUGAAGUUAGGAGAUAAGGAGGUCAAUGGACAGCCGAUAGGCAAAGGAUUCAAGAUUGGUUAUGCCUAUGAUUACAAAACUGCGAUUAAUGCUUUGUCAAGUGGUAGAUAUCGAGUGACAUUCAUAACUUGUUCUCCUGGAGAUGGAAUCAUGGCAAAAGAGUGUGAUAAAGAUGUGGACCAAUAUGCGGAUGCCUUUGUGAGUUGUGUUCAUGAAUUCAAUAUGAGAGGAGGUGGUGUGUUUUGGUUCUUGGAGAACUAUCCAUUCACUUAUGAGGCUGAUUUAUACUUUAAGCAAUUUUAUAAGUUCGAAGCAGUGGGGGAUAAAGAUGUGAACAUUCCAGGAGGCAACGUGAUGGAACGAGUUAAAGCUGCAAAACCAAAAGCAGGUCACUUCAUCACGAUUGGCGGAAAGGCUCUUGACUUCCACAAUCUCUCUCGUUUGGAUUUUGGCAUUGUACGCAUUUUCGAAGGAAGAACAUUGUGCACGUUGAACGAAAGGAAGUUAGAAAAAAUAGGAUUCCGCGUAUUUGCGAAGGAAAAUGGAGGUUACACCUCGAUUAUGGUGAAAGAAAAGAAGGAAGGAAGUAGAGAGGGUAGAAUGAUUAUUGAUACCGCUGCCUCCAAGUUGUUUUUGGAGUUCACUGAGGAUGGAACUGCACGAUGGAUCAGCAAUGCUGCAGUUUGGUUGUGUAGCACGGAAGAAUUUGAAGAAGAACGAUCAUUGGAUCCUAGCUUGAAAUCGGGAAUCAAAAUGAAUGGAGUACAUCUUCCUGGGAAGAAACCGAUGGAAAAACGAGAAACGGCCUGCACUCAAAAGCAACGAAAGCCAGCAAAUUUCUGUAUGAGUGUUGUUAUCGAUACUACAGGAUCAAUGAGUUCUUAUAUCAAUGCAACGCGAGAAAACAUUGUUGAGAUUUUGAAUCAGUUGAAGAAGAUUGAAAAGAAUUAUCAUCUUCCAAGAGGAGGAAUUGUGGGACAAGUUGUGCAGUAUAAGAAUUUUCAUGAUACUCUUUUGGGAGAAACAUCUGAAUACAUCACAGAUGACUUCACAAAAUUACAAGCAAAGCUAGCCUCGUUUAGAACAAGUGGUGGUGGUGAUGGCUCGAUGAAGGACUCUGUUUUCCAACAUACCUAUGAUUAUAACUGGGAACGUGUUACAUCAUCCUUUUGGAGAAAGUACUGGCAUCCAAGAUGCUCUCAUUCAAAGGCGUUCGUGAUUAGCCGGAAAAUCGAUUCAGAAGGCCGUCUAGUGACAAAGAGACUUCAUGUCGUCUAUCAGGAGGUUCCAGCAUUCAUUAGAGCUAUUAUUGGAAAUGUAGCUUCUUAUGCGGGAGAAGAGUCGAUUGUGGACCCGAAGAACAAGACGUUGACGCUGCGAACUAAAAAUUUGACCUUGAAUUCGAUCGCUCUGUGUGAUGAGCUCUGUUUAUACACUCCGCUCGAUGGAGACAGUUCAAAGACCCACUACACGAAGAGUAUUCACGUUCAUGGCUGGCUCUUUGGAUUCCUGAACAAUCAGAUCGAGAACUGGUGUGUCGAUGUGGACAAGAAGAAUCGUGGUAAUGGAAUCGCCGUAAUGGACGACAUCAUUGAAUCCUUUUCCAGUUUUAUGAUCCCUAAUGUAAACCAACUCUGA